AUGCCCGCUGUGGCCGCGGCAAACAAUGGCGCGUCCUCCUUCCUGUCCGCCAACCAUCCGCUCAACCUGCGCAAGCAGGCGCAGCCCAAACUCGACUCGAGCUUCAGCGUAAAGACGUACAUCGGCGCGGCGAAUGCGCUCCUCGACAAGGCGCGUGCCUCGGACGCACAGGGCCAGAUCGAAGUGGCUUUCGUCAACUACCUCAAGGCGGCCAACGUCGCCGCAUUCAUCUCCAAGCACGACGACUGGCCCAAGAUCCAAAAGGCGCGCGGCUCGGUGUACCAGGCGUACAACGAGCUGAUGAAGCAGGCGCCUGCGUUUAUCGAGCGCACAAAGAGGCUCGAGUCCCAGCUCGCCGUGCGCGAGGAGCGCAAUGCACAGCAGCUUGCACAGGCUGCAGAGGAACAGGCGCAGAACGCGGCGAGACAGAGACAGGCCCAGCCGCCGGGCGAUUCGGCGCUGCGCGAUCCGGGCAGCAGACCGGUGCAUGGCUCGGACGAGGAAGACCACGCAACAGACGCCUCGCCCAUCGACCAGCAUGCCGAGGGAAGGCGCACGGGUAGCUCGCUCGCAGACCGUCUCCAGGCUCUGCGCAAUAGCGCCUCCACCGAUCCAGCAGAGCUGCGCGACCGGUCCCAGUCCAACGCAUCCACCUCCGACGCCGACACCGACACCGACUCGGCCUUUGCCACGCACAGCUUGCACCACGCGCUCGACGAGGCCAGCAACGCCUUCCCCGCCAUCCCCACCGCCUCCGAAUUCAAUGCCCACUACCCAUCCAUCGACCAGCUCGAAAACGACGACGCCGCCGCCGGCGGCUUCCCAGCGCCACCCUCGCAUCCCGUCGGCAAGUCCAAACGCCCGCUUCCCGCUCCUCCCUCCACCAGCUCCAACGACCUCGCUCGCGAGUUCGCCCUCGCCCGCGACGUGCCCGAACCCUUUGACCGCGCCAACUCGGCACCAACACCACCGCAGCCGCCAAGCAGGCAGCCACGCGCCAUCGACGGCCUCCCGCCGCACGACCCACACCGCAUAGGUCUGCACCAGGCUCCAUCCUCACCCGCCCCCGCACCAGCACCAGCAUCGACCGCAGAGCCGCGCUCGCUCAUCGUCGGCGCAAAGCCGCCACUGCCCAUGAAGAACCACAUUUCGGUCGAGGAGCUCUUCGGCUUCCUCCACCCGGGCUUCCAGGAGUUCACCGACGCACAAGGCAACCGCAAGAUCGGCAAAAAGGUCGGCCUGGAUGUGCUGCUGCUCGAUGUGCGCAGUCGCGCCGACUUCGACGCCGGCCGCAUCCUCGGCGGCAAGCUCGUCUGCAUCGAACCCAUCACGCUGCGCGACGGCAUGAGCGCCGCCGAGAUCGAGGACAAGCUCGUGCUCUCGCCGCACGAGGAGCAGGCGGCGUUUGCGGCGCGCAAUACGUUCGACCUCGUGGUGCUGUACGACCGCAACCUGCGCGCGCUCCGCGGCACCCACUCGCCCGACAAGAUCCCCCAGGACCCCGCCGCACAGGCUAGGAUGGACACGCUGAUCCGCGCGAUCUACGAGAAUGAGUUUGCAAAGACGCUCAAGCACCAGCCCGUGCUGCUCGUGGGCGGGUUCGAGAGGUGGGCGCAAAAGGCGGGCGACAAGCUGGUGCUGCGCAGCGCAGCGGCCAAUGGGCACGCGCACAGGAGCAGCAUCUCGUUUGAGCCGGGCACGCGCUUCCCCACCGCCGACGACCCGGCUACGAGGGGGGCGACGGCUGAACAGCUCGCGCAGCAGCAGGAACUCAAGCGCACGCGCAGACAGCAGCAGGUGGUGGCCGACCCAGCGCGCAGCAUGCAGCCCGGCGGCGUAUACCCGAGCCGCACGAGCAAUGGUGGCAGCUCGCCGUUUUCGAUCGAGGGUGGGUUUGGUGGGCCGUCGCUGCCCGCACGCGCGUACAAAGCGCCCGGCGGGAUUGCGUCGGGCGCACCGUCGUUUCCGCCGCCCGCUGCGCACCGGUCGCUGUCGCGCUCCAACUCGGCCACCGCGUUCGACUAUCCGCAGCUCAAGCCCAGCGUCUCGGGCGGUAUGUCGGCGUACGGCGGCAUGACGCCGCAGCCGCCGCCGAUGGCCGCAUCGUCGUCGUCGCCGUCGGGCGCCGUAGCAGCCAGCACGCGCGACCGCCCCACGUCGGUGCCCACGGCGCUGAUUCCGGGCACAGGCUCGGCGGGCGGCAACGAUCCGUCCAAGAAGCAGGUCAUGGCGCCCGGCUACGCGGGCCACCUCAGCACCGCCUCGCGCGUCUACGCCAGCCCCACCAACGGCCGCAACUUUGACGAGAUCAAGAUCGGCCUGACGGGACUCAAGAACCUGGGCAACUCGUGCUACAUGAACUCGACGCUGCAGUGUCUCUCGGCCACGAUUCCGCUCGCGCGGUUUUUGUUGGAUGGAUCGUAUAAGCAGGCGAUCAAUCGAACCAAUCCGUUGGGCACGCAGGGGCAACUGGCUACGGCGCUGGCGGGAUUGAUCCAUGUGAUGUGGGGCGAAAAGUACGCCUUUGUCUCGCCAGUGACGUUCCGCGAAGCCAUGGCGAGGUUCGCGCCCAGUUUUCGCGGGUACGAUCAGCACGACUCGCAAGAGUUCCUGGCGAUUCUGCUGGACGGGCUGCACGAGGAUUUGAACUAUGUCGUGACACGGCCGGCGGCGGUGGAGAUGACGCCGGAGAGGGAGGCGCAGUUGGAGACGCUGCCGCAGCAGGUGGCGAGUGUCAAGGAGUGGGCGAUCUAUCGGAUGCGCAACGACAGUCUGGUGGUCGACUGGUUCCAGGGUCAGUUUCGCAACAAGCUCACGUGCCUUACGUGCGGCAAGACGAGCACGACGUACGAAGCGUACACGUACCUCUCACUUCCUGUCCCGCACGGAAGGGGGGUUGGCAAGGUGUCGUUGGAGCAGUGUUUGGAUGCAUUUGUGCGCGAAGAGGUGUUGGAUAAGGCCGAUAUGUGGAAUUGUCCGCGCUGCAACAAGCCACGCAAAGCGACGAAGCGACUGUCGAUUAGUCGGCUGCCGCAAAUCCUGUUGAUUCACCUCAAGAGGUUCUCGUUCAAAGGGCCCUUUACGGACAAGAUCGACACGACGGUCACCUUCCCCACCACCACACCCAUGGACCUGACGAACUAUAUGCCGGCGCCCUUGCCACCGGGUAGUGGGCAGGUGGAGAGUGGCAGUCAACGUCCGCCGUACCGAUACGAUCUGUAUGCGGUGACGCACCACUUUGGCAGCCUCAAUACAGGCCACUAUACGGCGACGGUCAAGAGCAGUGGCGAGUGGUGGUACUGCGACGACUCGAGGAUCACCAGGGGCGACGAUAGGCAGCUGCAUACCAAUAGUCCCUACGUGCUGUGGUUCAGGAGGAAGCAGUAG